UUUAAAAACGCUGAAACGCCCACCACCACCGCCGCCGCCGUAUAACAAAUGGCUUCCUCUCAACUCCUCAACUCUUCAUCCCUCCUUUCCAAAUCAAGCUCGCCAUCUUCACACCGUCACUAUGGCUGCCGCCGCCUUAAACCAUCACCCUCCAUAAUAUGCACCGCCGCACCGUCAAUCACUUCCCCACCACUCCCUCCGCCUCUUCCGGCCACAUACUCCGCCAAGUACGUCCCAUUCACCUCCAUCUCCACCGGCACCGCCACCUCCGAGUCGUACUCCCUCGACGAAGUGGUCUACCGCAGCCGCGACGGCGGCCUCCUCGACGUCCAGCACGACAUGGACGCCCUGAAGCAGUUCGACGGCCACUACUGGAGGUCACUCUUCGACUCGCGCGUCGGCACCACGCGCUGGCCGUACGGAUCCGGCGUGUGGUCCAAAAAGGAGUGGGUGCUCCCCGGAAUCGCCGACGAAGACAUCGUCAGCGCGUUCGAGGGGAACUCCAAUCUCUUCUGGGCGGAGAGAUUCGGUAAGAAGUUCCUCGGGAUGAACGAUCUGUGGAUCAAGCACUGCGGAAUCAGCCACACCGGCAGCUUCAAGGAUUUGGGGAUGACCGUUCUCGUCAGCCAAGUCAACCGCCUCCGCAAAUUGAACCGCCCGCUCGUCGGCGUCGGCUGCGCCUCCACCGGCGACACAUCCGCCGCCCUCUCCGCCUACUGCGCGGCGGCGAACAUCCCCUCCAUCGUCUUCCUCCCCGCGGACAAGAUCUCCAUGGCUCAAUUGGUGCAGCCGAUCGCCAACGGCGCGUUCGUGCUCAGCAUCGACACCGAUUUCGACGGCUGCAUGAAAUUAAUACGCGAAAUCACGACAGAGCUCCCGAUUUACCUGGCGAAUUCGCUCAACAGCCUGCGGCUGGAGGGGCAGAAAACCGCGGCGAUCGAAAUUCUGCAGCAAUUCGAUUGGGAGGUUCCCGAUUGGGUGAUUAUCCCCGGAGGAAAUUUGGGCAACAUUUACGCGUUCUACAAAGGAUUCAAAAUGUGCGAGGAGUUAGGGCUGGUCGAUCGGAUUCCGCGCCUCGUCUGCGCGCAAGCACAGAACGCAAAUCCACUCUACCGAUAUUACAAAUCCGGCUGGAAGGAAUUCAAGGCGGUGAAAGCGGAUGACACGUUCGCCUCGGCUAUUCAAAUCGGCGACCCGGUUUCGAUCGACAGAGCAGUUUAUGCUCUGAAGAACUCGGGCGGGAUCGUGGAGGAGGCGACGGAGGAGGAGCUGAUGGACGCCAUGGCAAUGGCGGAUUCGACCGGAAUGUUCGUCUGCCCGCACACGGGCGUUGCUUUGUCGGCGUUGAUGAAGCUGAGGGAGAAUGGGGUUAUCAAGCCGACGGAUCGGGCGGUGGUGGUGAGUACGGCUCAUGGGUUGAAGUUCACGCAAGCGAAGAUUGAUUACCAUUCCGGUAAGAUUAAGGAGAUGGCUUGCCGGCACUCGAAUCCUCCGGUGACUGUGAAGGCUGAUUUUGGGUCGGUCAUGGAUGAACUGAAGAAGUACUUGGCUAGAACGAGAUGAACAUGGUAAAAUUCAAAUGGUAGAAAUUGUAUAUGAGUCCUUUUUGUUUUUGUUUUCUUUCAGUUUGAGAUUUUUUUUUAUAUAUAUAUAAAUGUAAGUCGUGUGGUUGUUUUAAUUUGUGAAUCUUGGCUUUUAGGUCUUUAUAGAAUACGAUCAUAUUCGUCGUCGCAUUUACAUGCAAACUAUGUACUACGGGAACUUCAACUUAACUUCAACUUUUUAGUGUAUUCGUGUUGACACGUUUUACAAA